AUGGCUGGUGGCACUGACAGAGCUGUCCUGUGUCCCUCCAGCACGGGGAGCAGUGACCCAUACUGCAUCGUGAAGAUUGACGAUGAGGCCAUCAUCAGGACUGCCACGGUGUGGAAGACGCUGUCCCCGUUCUGGGGGGAAGAAUAUGAGGUGCAGCUCCAGCCCAGCUUCCACAGCAUCUCCAUCUAUGUCAUGGAUGAGGAUGCGCUCAGCCGCGACGACGUGAUCGGGAAGGUCUGCAUCACCCGGGACAUGCUGGUGGAGCACCCCAAGGGAUACAGUGGCUGGAUGAGCCUCAGUGAGGUGGAUCCCGACGAGGAGGUGCAGGGGGAGAUCCACCUGCGGGUGGAGGUCCUGGGCAGCCAGGGCAGCCGGCGGCUGCGCUGCUCCGUGCUGGAGGCCAGGGAUUUGGCCAGGAAGGACCGGAAUGGGGCCUCUGACCCCUUUGUCCGCCUGCGCUACAACGGGAAGACACAGGAGAGCACUGUGGUCAAGAAAUCGUGUUACCCCCGCUGGAACGAGACCUUCGAGUUCGAGCUGGCCGAGCCCGCCGGGGAGAAGCUCUGUGUGGAGGUGUGGGACUGGGACCUCGUUGGCAGGAACGACUUCCUGGGCAAGGUGGUGUUCAGUGUCCAGGGGCUGGAGGCGGCUGGGCAGGAGGAGGGGUGGUUCAGGCUGCGGCCGGACAAGUCCAAGCCGAUGGAGAACGAGCGCCGGGGCAGCCUGGGCUCACUGCAGCUGCAGGUGAGGCUGCGGGAUGAGAUGGUGCUGCCUUCCCACUGCUACCAGCCCCUGGUCCAGCUCCUGUGCCAGGAGGUGAAGUCGGGGCGCCAGGAUGGCCAAGUGCACCUGGUCACCCUCCUGGAUGAAACCACCACGGCCGAGUGCCGGCAGGAGGUCGCCGUCAACUUGGUCAAACUCUUCCUGGGCCAAGGGCUGGUCAAGGAGUUCCUGGACCUGCUUUUCGAGCUGGAGCUGGCCAAGCCCUGUGAGCCCAACACUUUGUUUCGGAGCAAUUCCCUGGCCUCAAAGUCGAUGGAGUCCUUCCUCAAGGUGACAGGGAUGCCAUACCUGCACUCUGUCCUGGGGCCCACAAUUGCCCGCGUGUUCGAGGAGAAGAAAUACGUGGAGCUGGACCCCGGCAAGGUGGAGAUCAAAGACGUCGGGUGCUCGGGGCUGCACCGGGUGCAGACGGAGGGCGAGGUGAUCGAGCAGGGCCGCCAGCACCUCCAGUCCUACCUGGGCGAGCUGCUGGACGCCAUCGCCAGGUCGGCCCCGGCAUGUCCCCCCGUCAUCCGUGCCGCCUUCCGGCAGCUCUUCCAGCGCGUCGGGGAGCGCUUCCCCCAGCACCAGCAUGCCAAAUUUGUGGCCGUCACCAGCUUCCUCUGCCUCCGCUUCUUCUCGCCGGCCGUCAUGACCCCCAAGCUGUUCCAGCUGCGGGAGACACACGCGGACGCGCGGACCAGCCGCACGCUGCUGCUGCUGGCCAAGCAGGGCAUCGCCCGCAUGAAGGACUUCAUCACCCACCUGGUGGGCACAGAGGAGCAGAAGGGGGAGGAGGAGGGCGAGGGGUGGCCGCUGGGCCCCCCCACGGCCGUGGUGAAGGAGGGGCUGCUCUUCGUGCACAAGACACGGGGCAAGGGGCCUCUUCUUGGUGCCGCUGCCGGCAAGAAACUUCACUUCUGCCUCACUGGGGAGUCCCUCAGCUUCGGCAAGAGCCCCAGUGCAGAG